CGUAGAAGAAGAAGAAGAAGAAGAACUGGCGACGGCUACUGGGAACGCACAAAACAGCCCAAACGCGCGGUUUAACCCAGCCUCCUGGACGGGCGGAAGCCGUGAAUACUUUAUUCCCCGUCACAGAGAAGCUGCUUUGUCGCCGCGCCGCUUUGUGAGUUUAUUUUGUUUACGGGGUUGUGAGUAAAACGGAGGGCUUGUUCCGUCUCUCCGGGUUUCCGACAAGCUGACGGACGCGGACUCUACGUCAUCGCUCGGUUACUUGACUACCGCGCGUCAACGGGGGGGGGGGGCAGCCUCGUCAUGGCUGAUUUAGCGGCCGCACCGUCGACUUGUGGGGCGUCCCGGCGCACUGUGAGCCGUUCCGCCCGGGGUGGUCGCUAAGCUAUGCUGUCGAGGGCGGUGUGGAAAAGAGAGGUCGCAGCUCUUGCUCGCUAAACGCCCCCCUCCCCUCUCCCCCCUCUCCCCCUCGCUGGACUCGUCUCCGGUCCGCCCCGCCGCAAAAAGUCAGGCCGCGCUCGUCUCGCGGCGGGUGGCGGUGAUUUAGUAGCGGGCUAGCCUUUAGCCGCGAGCUAUCGAACGCCACGCAACAGCCCCGAACCCGGCGAUGGAAACAUUGUAGCUUACGUUAGCUGGCUUAGCGCACGCCGGGCGGCUGGAAGAAGAGGGGGACGAUGAUCAAAUCCAGGAGUGUCGGCGCCUCCUCGCCGCUGAAUGGGAAGCAAGACUGGGACUCCAGGCGAAAAAGGAAGAUUGCUGAAAUCACACAGACCCUGAAUGAAGGUUCGGUGGAUGUAGCGGCUCUGAGGAGAAUGGCCAUCAGUGAGGGAGGACUGCUAACUGAUGAGAUCCGCUGUCAAGUAUGGCCAAGGCUUCUCAACGUUCCCCUUCACAUCCUGGAGCAGGAACCGGAAACGGUAGAGAGGGAGAACAACAAGGAUUACAACCAAGUGCUGUUGGAUGUCCAGCGCUCCCUACGGAGGUUCCCGCCAGGUAUGCCGGACGAGCAGAGGGAAGGUCUUCAGGAGGAACUCAUUGACAUCAUCCUCAGAGUUUUGAAACGCAACCCACAGCUACACUACUAUCAGGGUUACCACGACAUCGUUGUCACCUUCCUGUUGGUCCUGGGAGAGCGUCUAGCAACGGCUCUCGUGGAGAAACUGUCCACACAUCACCUCAGGGACUUCAUGGACCCAACCAUGGACAAUACUAAGCAUAUUCUCAACUACUUGAUGCCCAUCAUUGAGAAGGUCAACCCUGACGUGCAUGACUUCAUGCAGCAGGCGGAGGUGGGCACUAUCUUUGCCCUCAGUUGGCUGAUCACUUGGUUUGGCCAUGUCCUGUCAGACUUCCGCCACGUUGUCCGGUUGUACGAUUUCUUUCUGGCCUGCCACCCGCUGAUGCCCAUCUAUUUUGCUGCUGUGAUUGUGCUAUACAGAGAAGAGGAAGUGCUGGAUUGUGAGUGCGAUAUGGCCAUGGUCCACCAUCUUCUGUCCCAGAUACCGCAGGACCUUCCCUACGAAUUGCUCAUCAGCCGAGCAGGAGACCUCUUUGUCCAGUUCCCACCCUCCGAGCUGGCAAGAGAGGCUUCCACACACGAGAGCACGGCGGCCUCUACCUUCAACGACUUUGACCUUGCCUCCACCCAGCGACGGCCAGACUCCAUACUGCGUCGCCGUAGGCGGCAGAAACUGGACGCGCUGGAGAGUUCGGGACCCGGCACCAUGGUUGCAGUCGCCCAACCAUCAGCCACACGGCGCUUUGUCAGAUUGGCCGUCAUGGGCCUGACCGUGGCUCUCGGAGCGGCGGCUUUUGCUGUGGUCAACACUGCGCUGGAGUGGGCUCCCAAACUCGACUUAUUUCCGUGACCCGCUUCCUGCCUCUUCUGACCUUAGCCACCGACAAGUCUGCCGUGGACUCGCGCCGUUUGCUAGGUCUAAUCCCUCGAUCCCCUCCACUUCACAUCACGACAGCUGUAGUCAACAGCACUGCUCCUGAGUGGCUUUUCUAAACUGGACCGUUCCUGUCGACUGGACGUGUCUGUACGGUCCUACGUAGAGCGCUGCUCGGGCCUUGACUUUUAAGGUGCCGAGUCUCACUGGUAUGGCUGCACGGCAGGACAGUGAGGCAUGAAGAGUCCAUCUCAUACAAGUGAAGGAGUAUAUUUCUGAGAACUUUAAAAAUGUAAUUUAUAUUUGUACAUAAGAUAAUCAGAAGUGGAUAAAUAAAUGUAAAGCUCACAGAUAUAUAUAUAUAUAUAUAUAUCAGCCAAUAAAGGCGAAAACUUGGUGGUCAAACUAUGUCGACCUGCUGCCAACAGAGAGUGUGUAUGGAUGUGCCACGAGUGAGGCUGUGCAUGGUGAGGGUAUGCGAGUGUUUGUGUUUGGCUGUGGAGAAAUUAACAACCUUUUUCUUUCCUCUUUGAUACCCGGACAGAGACCAAAACGAGGAGCGUCUGCGUCCUCUCUUUGUAUGUUUCCGUAGCUCUUAACAGUUGUUUUAUAAACACGCUGGUAGCCGUAAGGGGAUGUGGUCUCGACACACGGGCAGGUUUUCAGAAGUCGUGCUGACGGGGGGCGGUUUGGCCUUUUUGCAUAAUUUUGUACUGUAAAAGAGGUGUUGCUCAAACUUCUACAGAGAGGUUGGGUCCCUCUUCCAGGGACCUGACAUCUGCAAAAACCUUCACUCUUUUGGUUCCUUUUUGGUUUUUAACCCAUAUUUAGAUUUCCAAGCCGUUGCUUUAUGUUUUAUUUUUUGUCUUGCGUUGAAUUCAUCCCGUGCAUUCAGCUGUAAAAGAUCAGUCACAACUUUGUGUUUCAGUUUGCAUCAAGUUUUGAUGCAUACUGAAUAGUCCGCUUAAGAAAACCACAGACGGUUGAAUCGGUUCAUUUGGACACAAGGUUUACUGACAGGUGUGUCUC